AUGAACCAUACAGGAAUUAAUUUGAGCCAAGAAAUUAAACAAGUAUUAGUUUCUUGGAAUUUAAAAGACAAAAUUACAUUUGCGGUCUCCGACAACGCUUCCAAUAUUAAAAAUGCCCUCAAUUCAUUAUCUUUUAAAAAUAUGGGAUGCUUUGCUCAUACACUGAACUCAAUAGUACAGUCAGCACUUGUUCUUGAACGUGACCUAAUAGACAGAGUAAAAAGCAUUGUAUCACAUUUUAGGAAAAGCACUGUAGCCAAUAAUGCAUUUAAAACUUACCAAAUAAAUAACGGUGUAACAGAGCCAAAGAAGCUUAUACAAGAUGUACAAACUCGGUGGAUCUCUACCUACUACAUGAUUAAUAUAUUUGCUGAGAUGGAAACAUCAAUAAGAGGUACAUUAGGUUUAUUAGAUAAUGCUCCAGAUACUUUGAGACCUGAAAAUUGGAUAAUUUUACAAGAUUUAAUUAAAAUACUUAAACCUUUCGAAGAGGCUACUAAAGCAAUAAGUGGACAAAAAUAUAUGACAGCGUCGCUUGUAAUUGUUAUAGUCCAGGGAUUGUACAAAGUGUGCAAUAAUUUAUUAAGAAUGAAUUUGUCCGAAAGAGCAUUGCUUGUAGCUAAAAAGUUAUUAAGUAAUAUGGAUGAAAGGGAGGGUUUUAAAAAUUGUGAAAAAAGUAUGACUCUUUCUAAGUGUACAUUCUUAGAUCCCCGAUUUAAACACUUACCGUUCAUGAAUAUGAACCCAAUAAAAAAUGAAAUUAUUGAAAAUAUAGCACAAAUUAUUCGAGAUAAAGAACAACCAAGUCAAUCAGAUGUAAAUAUGCAGCCGACUCCAAUACCCGAAUCUGGAGAAUUAUCAAUUUGGAGUGAAAUUGAUAGUAAUGUGGCAAGAUUUACACCAUUGGGGACUGCAAAGUCAAGAGCAAUAGUUGAAGUUCAGCGCUACUUGGACGAUGCAGUUAUAUCCAGAAACCAAGAUCCACUUAAAUGGUGGAAAGACCAAAGCUAUAACUACCCUAACUUAAGUAUAUUGGCCAAGAAAUAUUUAUGCCAUUUAGGUACAUCAGUUCCCUGUGAAAGGAUAUUUUCAAGUGCAGGUUUAGUGCUGAAUGACCGCCGCUGUCGUCUUAAAAGCGAAAAAGUAAAUAUGUUGUUAUUUCUUCAUUAUAAUACAAAAUAA